UUCCAGGAGUCCCAGCUGUCCGUGUCCUCCCAUGGGAAGCAGAUCGCUAUUCUCAGAGCCCUCCAGCGGAAAUGUCGUGAACAGAAGCUGCAGUCGCAAUUUAAUGAGCUGUUCUGUAAGCUGGUGAACAAGGUUUUGCCGAUAAAACGUAACGAGCCGGUUGGUGACCGUAUAGUGAAAUUCAUAUCGUCAUUUGUGAACUCGAUCAACCCUGAAUCAGAGGACGACAACGCCAACGUGGACAAGCAGGACGAGAAAAUGUACAACAAAUUCAUAGACAGACUUGCCCGUCACUUGUUAAAUGGCCUGGAAGCUAAUAAUAAGAAUGUUCGGUACAGAGCCUGUCAUAUUCUCUCACAUUUGAUGAACAAUAUGACCUCGAUUGACACUGAUUUGUACGAAGCCCUGAGCGAGGGGCUGCUUGCCAGGAUAUAUGACAAGGAGCCACACAUCCGAAUCAAGGCCAUCACAACUCUGGCAAGCUUCCAAGAGCCAGAUGGAAGCCAGGAGCUGAGCAACGCAGCAAUGAAAAUUCGUUAUGUGAUGCAAAAUGACACAAAUCCAGAGGUGAGGCGAGCAUGCUUGCGCCAAAUCGAAAAAACCAGACAUACAGAGCCGUACAUAUUCGAGAGGGCAAGGGACACAAACUCAGUCAACAGAAGGUUGCUGUACUCUAAAGUGCUGCCUGACUUCAAAGAUUUCAGACGCAUAGACUACAAGGCUCGGGAACAGUUGCUCAAGUGGGGUCUCAAAGAUCGCGAGGAGUCCGUCAAGAAGGCUGCAAUCAAGUGGCUCACUGAAAAUUGGAUGCAGACUUUAAACAACGACGUGAUGGAGCUGCUAGAACGUCUGAAGGUUACCAAAAGUGAGAUCGCGGAAACCGCCGUCCGUGUUUUCCUUGAUAAUCGGCAGGAUGUUGUGGCCAAGAUAACCUUUGACGAGCAAAUUAUGCGCGCAUUGACACCAGAAACUUCUCUCUUGCUAAGGGUUUAUUAUCAGCAUUGCAAUGAUACGAACAAGAUCACGCAGAUUGAAAAAUACUUUCCGGAAGCUGCUCAGUUUGCGGAUAUAUUGAGUGGCUAUUUUGCAAAGCGAAAAGAAAUCCUCAUUGUUUUAAAUCAACAGAAGCCAUUACUAGAGGCAGAGAGCUCGGUUGACAUGACAGAGCUCGACGAUCUGGACUUCGUCCUGCGACAAUUGCUGAUUGUGGCUUCCGAAUAUGACUAUAGUGAUGAGUUUGGACGAAGCAGAAUGCUGAACACCCUAAGAGCCGUGCUCACGGGUGAUCAUUUGUCAGACAACUUGAUUGAGGUCCUCAUGCUUUGUAUACAUAAACUGUCCAUCAGCGAGCGCGAUUUCACACAGAUGAUUGUGGAAAUUAUUAAUGACCUUAAAGACUCGGCUUACGAAAAACAGAACACGCUGGAAGAAGGCAUCGCGGGACAAAGCUCCCGAGUGGAGGACGAUCUGGCUGCAAAUUACGAUGAAGACGAUGACGAUGAUGAGAAUAGUUUCCAUUCCGCAAGAGAUCUGUCCAGAUCAUUGAUUGAUAGCGCCAACAGAUCGAUGCAACAGGAACUGAAACAGGUCGCAGAAUUGAGUCCCGAAAACCUGAUUGAAUGUCUCACCAUUGCGCGCCGUAUGCUUGAGCUUGUAAACAAGCCUUUGAAGGAUAACAUCACCUUAAUGUCGAUUCUCGAUAGUUUGAUUCGGCCUUCUAUUCGUCGAUCCGAAACCGAAAUCAGAAAACUGGGUCUCAUUUGUUUAGGCCUCUGCUGCAUUCUCGACAAAGAAUUGGCUGCUGACAGCAUUUUCAUCUGCGCUAUUUUUGUCACGAAAAGCAAUGAGGAGUCGCUCGUUGUCACUGGUAUCAAGGUUAUUUCAGACUUGCUCGCGGUUCAUGGAAUAUCUGUACUGGAGGUGGAAACUGCUAAUAGCGUGGAUGCAAUUGCUAUAGCGCGGCUUUUCUAUCGUACACUGAGAGACUCCAACCGCAAAGAAGCGCAGGCCACUUCAGGGGAAGCCCUGUACAAACUCUUUUUGUGUGGAGUUAUCACUGAUGAUGAAUUGUUCGAAACGACGCUGCUUUCCUAUUUCAAUCCUGCGAUCAACGACAAUGAGCAGCUGAAACAGUGUUUUUCGUUCUGUAUACCUGUCUAUGCUUUCUCUCAUGAAUCGCAUCAGGAGAGAAUUGCUCGCGUCACUUGCGACACGUUAUUCAGACUAUUCAGUGGGUGGGGCGAGAUGACAGAAGCCGAUUGUGCUUCCUCGAUAACACCACAAUCCAUUGUUCAACAACUGAUGUACUGGACUGAUCCUUAUCGAGUUGUUAACAAGUCUCCAGGUGAAGCAGCCAGUAGCUCGGUCCAGGUCGAGGUUGGGCUCCAACUGUUGUCUUUGCUGGAAAAAUUAGAAUACUCAGGGGUUACCAAGCCGUUUUUCAAGGCUAUCAUGACCUCGCUUCCGCGGCUCACAUUUACGGAACAAUGCGAUGUCGCGAAACUGGAACAACUAUACACUUCAAUGGAGCAAUUGGAAGGCGUGUUGGAAAAGCCUUUGAAGGACCAGCCUUCUAGGAAUGCAUACAGCAGGUUUGCGGAAUAUGUACUGGAA